AUGGACGAGCUGUUUCUUGCCCUCGACCGGACGCAGCGGCCUGCCGGCGACGCCCAUCCAAUUAAGGAGCUCGUCUUUCGGAACUUCGGCGCCGGACAGGCGUUUGCCGAUGACAGCCGCUACCUGCUGACCGCUGUCUCACUCACGCGCCGCAAACGGAAGGGCUGGAGCGGUCAAGACCCUGGCCAGAGCGUAUUGUCGCAGGGCAGCGCGGCGUGGCACCGGGAGACGUCACAACACACCUGCCCCGCGCCGGUCUUUGUGGGCAGCCGCCGGUGCAAUCCAUCAGGCGACAAUGGCGCGGCCAAUCAGGGCGUCGCUUUGUGGGGCCGGGGCCACGCGCAGCGCCAUUAUGCGCCCGGGAUGUCCGUCUCGGCGGCCCCGCUUCCAGCUCCAGCUCCAUGUGCAGCUCCAGGGCCUCCGCCUGCCCCUGCCAGCAGGCAACCACCUGCACGUCGUCAGGGAGACAUAAGCACUUUACUAUAUCUUACACUGGACCCACCUGUUGUUGCAGGCCGCGAGCUGACCGUGUGCGUGUCCGAGGCGUCGUGCUGCACCCUGGAGAUGGAGGCGGCGCUCCAGCGGCUGGUGCGCAGGGACUUCCAGGCGCUGCUGCACCACAACUCCAGGUCGCUGGAGGGCCUGCUUGUCUCCGCCGCCAACACUAUACGAGAGCACGUGCUGGAGCUGCUGCGGCAGUCGGAGAACAAGACGGCGUCGCUGUUCGAGCAGCAGUACCGGCUGAUCUCGCGGCAGGCGCGCGACCCCGUGUCGGCGCUGUACGCGACGCUGGGCGGCCACCUGGAGGCGCCGCUGCAGCCCAGUGCGGGCGCCAGCGCCCCGGGGCCCGCCGCCGACCUGGAGGAGGCCGUCACCGACAUGUUCGCCGGCCUCUUCCCGCUCGUCUACCGGCACGCCGUGUCCAAGGCGCGCGACUUCGCCGCCGACUACAAGGCGUGCCUUCGCGAGGUGACGCCCGAGCUGCAGCCGUUCGGCGACGCGCCGCGCCAGCUGGCCAGGUCGGUGCAGCGCGCCCUGGAGGCGGCCAGGGUGCUGCGGCAGGCGCUGCUGCUGGGCGCCGAGGUGCUCAACGCCACCGACUCGCUGCUCACCGGCGAGAACGGCCCGCCAGGUGGAGCGGCGGCCCAGGCGCAGUGCCACGCGGCGCUGCUCCGCAUGUCGUACUGCUCGCGCUGCCACGGGCUGCAGCGGCGCGUCCGCCCCUGCGCCGGGCUGUGCCUGAACGUGUUGCGCGGCUGCCUGACGCAGCACGCCGCCGAGCUGGACCUGCCGUGGAACGGAUACGUGGAGGCCGCAGAGAGGCUGGUCGUCGCCGUCCAGGGCCACGGCGCCGUCGACGACGUGCUGCGCUCGCUCGACGGACGCAUCACCGAGGCCAUCAUGAUCGCGAUGGUGCCCGCGCCCAACCUCGAGGAAAAGGUGAAGCGGUCUUGCGGCCCGCACAAGUGGGACGAGAGCUCGCCGGAUAGCUCAGAGGGCGAAGAGGAGGAGGAGGAGGCGGGGGAGGCGGCGGGCGGCGGGGGCCCGCGGCAGCUCGCCAGCGGCCAGAGUGAGGUGCUCGGCGUCACCCUCACGCAGGGCCACAUCACUACUGGAUCGGGACAGGACACGCUGUCCUCCAAGCUGCAGCACUUCCUCACCAGCCUGACGAGGAGCCGCGGCUUCUACGCCAACCUGGCCGAGUCGCUGUGCUCCGACGAGAGCUUCGCCGAGACCAGGGACACGGCCGACUGCUGGAACGGCCAGCGCGUCGGAGAGUACACAAAAACUGUGGUUGCUUCAAGUGUGACUGCACAGAAGUAUAACCCUGAACUGACAUGGACUCCAUACAACCCCGAUGCACGAAUUGCCGAGCUCAGUGACAAACUGAGGCAUAUAAAGCAGGUUGUGGUAAGCCAAUUGACAGAAACACCUCCAGCACUCUCCUUCACUCACUACGAAGAGGGAAGUGGAAGUGGACAGGAGCCAGGUGGAGGUUGGGAUGCUGAACAAGACGGAGGAUGGCGAGAUGAUGGCUCAGGUUCUGGAGACAUACCAAUUGGUGGAGGAGCAGGAGGAGUGGACACUAGUUCAACAGAUCAUGCAGUACAUGUCUCACCAGGUGAAGGAAGAGAUGAAAAGAAAGCUGAUUCGGGAGCUGAUACUGUAUUCUCCUGCAGUCUUCUGCUCAUUGUCUUUGGUGCAACAGCAGCAACAUCAUAUAUAUAUGAUGGUUAGACAUGUCUGUAUACCGAUACUCCAGCUGUCAAGAAGCCUGGGUUCCCAUCAGUUCACACAUCACCAACUCACAUCCAGUUGUGACAUCUUCUGAAAACACUGGUCAACUAUUAAAACACUGACAAUGUUACAUUGUGUGAAAUUAGUGUAUGUACUGAACCAUUGUGACUGAGAAAAAAAUGCAGCCUGCACAGUGCAAGCUUAUGAUAUAAAAGAGAUUUAUAUAUAUUCAUUAUUUCCUCAUAUAUUAACAAAUUAAUAUCAACCAAUCUUUAAAAUUAUACUGUGGUUGCAAUUGUUUGUUAAUAUAUGAACAUAAUAAACAUAGUUACACUAUGAAUGAUGGCCAAUAUGGUUUCAAAAGAUGUUUAUUUUUGGUUCAAAAAUUAUGUCUGUGCCCCUGCAUCUAAACUUUUGUACUUAAAUAGUACACUGUAUUUGUGCACAACAUAAAAUGCUAUUAGUUUUGUUUUUCACAAAAUCAUCUUUCUAACUAUGAAAACUUAAUAUCAGUUAAGGAGUUCUGAAUCAGUACACCAUCAUCAUUGUUAACAUAAAUUCCAUUGUGGUCCAUCAGAUUGAGAAGCUGAAACCAGACUGCUUCAUUAGCACCUUGGUUUGGUGAUGACUAGGCAUUUUUAUACACUCAUUCAGUGAAUAAAUGCAUUCAAACAAUGCAGAAAUCAUUUUCACAGAUCAACAUACAGCACUAGCCCAUCAUUGUUUAAGGGAAUGCUUCACAGCAACGGAAUAAAUAGUCAGCACAUAAGUGACAGCUCUCAUAAAAUGCACAAGAGGCUGAUGUUAUCAUGUAAUACAGUGUUCAAAACAAAAUAAUAUUUAACAGUCAUUGAAGGAUUACAAAAAUAGUAUCAUUCUGUUAGAGAAAUGUAAAAAAAUCAUCACUAAAUGCAUUGACUCUGGAAGUGUCAUUUUGGCACAUGUUUUUGUAUACCAAUAUUUUCAAGGGCUUUAAUUACUCCAUGUUUCAUUCAUAGAUUUUGGCCAUAGAUUUUGUCUUCAGAACUUUGCUUUCAAUUUCCACCUUCCAGUGCAUAGCUGACAUUUCCAUUUAGACACAUAAAUUUUCAUGGUUGAUAUAAUAUGAGACUAACAUAUCUAGGAAGAAUGUUAUUGUGUGUGGAUGAGUGUUAGUGUGAUAAAUACUUGUGUAUUCUAAAAAUCACAGUUAUGUGGUUAUCCAGUGAAGUUUCCCAGUAAGUUUAAAACAGAAAUGCAUCACACAAAUUGAAAGGCACAAUUAAACUUGCUCAUAAUUUAGGGUACAAAAUCCAUAAAAGUUGCACAGGGACAAUCUUUACUUGAUUCUUUCAUCCAGAACAGACUGUCAUAUCUUCACCCUAAUUAUGUGAGCAGCAGAAGCUGUUUAAAUUGUUUACAUGCUUACAUAAGUUUACAGCAUUAUGACAUAAAUCAAGGAGACAAAGUGGCCCACAAAUUAAAAAACAUGACCAUGUUAUGAAUUACAGAGCUAUAGAUUUCUGAGUGUUUUUGUUUACCUCCUGGGUAAAUCACUGAACUUCUUCUUCUGUGUGUUGGUUACAUAAAUGUAGAUGUUUAACAAAUAAAGUACUGACCCCUCUUAUACAUCUUGAAAAUGGUACUUCUACUCAUGAAGCCAAUAUUAUUUUACACAAAUGUGCAGAUUCGAUGAAAGAAAACAACCAAAAAUUUGAUGGCAAAAUCUUGUAUUAUUUUCUUACAUGCAUUUCCUUACAAAAUUAUUGAGUAACAUGGAACAGAACUGGAAGUGAAUCUCAUUAAGUUGGGCGUUAAAAUUUUAGUAGGAUGGUAUCAUGAAAUUUCUCAUCUGUAUAGAACAUAUCAUAUAUGUUCAUAUCAUUUACAUAUGUAAGAGAGAAGUAUUUUGCUCUCUUAAGCUUCAACAAGUAGUUCUUAAUUAUUGUCCCAGUAAUCAGAAAUGAAAAUGGAAAGACUAGCUCAUGGACUGGUAUGUUUUAUACAUACCUGUUCAGCAUUAUAAUUUUCAGCAGACAGUAAUGCAACUUAGGCAUCCAGAAGGGGAAAAAAGUUUCUGUGAGAAUACAAAAUAAGAAGAAAACAAGUGUGACUCUGUCUCUCCUUCUUCUGUACUUCAGCUACUAGGUCUUCGCCUGUUACAGUGCAAUAACUCCUAGAUACAAAAGCCUAAGUGAAAACUUAACAUAAACAUGGAAAGAGGAUGAUGUUCAGUUCCUCUUGCAAAAGAAAUUUUAGGUAUUCCACAUCAGCAAAAGCAGUCACUUAGUUGCUGUUGUCACACUUAUUACAUUGUGUAUUUGUAUUUGGGAAUUUUAAUGUACUCAUUAUUUUUAAUGUGCCUUUCUUUCUCCUCAUUAAUAAUGCAGUAAAAAGUGAGAGGUCUCUUUUUUACACUUUUGAUGCACAUACUGUUACUAUUGAAGUUAUUGAUUUCUUUUAUUCAUCUAUGAUGGUUAUUCUUUUCAAGCUGUGAUAAAAAUGAAACAUAGCAGGGUGACCCAAGUUUAAGCAGCAUAUUUGUUCCAUAAUAAUUCAGUUUAUGUGGUGUAAUAUCUAGUGCUUCCAAUAACUGUCUUUAAAAUGGGUUUGAAAAUCUGUUGAAGACUUGCAGAAAAUUUCCCUACGUGGAACUGUUAUUCAAAAGCUUCAGACUAAAACAGCAUCAUUGGCAGUAUUUUGAUUCCAUCAUAGUGAAUUUACAAAGGCCAUUUAGGAUAGUUUGGUAGAAGAAAAUGCUGAAUAGAGAUACAAACCAGCAAAUAGUGUUAAUAAGUUCUUUUAUGUUUAAAUAUAACUGUAUCAAAAAAUUAUUUGUAUACAGCAUUUUCUACUCUGUCUGACUUGUUGGGGGCUUUUUUUUUUUAAAUUGUUAGUGUGGCUUCUAUCACUGAUGUGCAUAGACAAUGACUAUGGGUACAUCUAGCUUGUUAUCCUUUAUAAAUGUCAUUUUCAUAAUUGACUUCUAGUUUACAUAUAGUGAUUUGCCUUUGUCAAAUAAACAAAAUGCUUAUAGAAAUGAAUUAACUAACAUACAAAGACAGGACAGACAAACAAGAAGCAUUCACUGGCUGAGACUAACUGUUUAUUUACCAGUAUGACAUAGAAAUGCAUAUUUGUGUUUACUAAAGAAACUAUUUAUGUUCUUGAAAACAAGUUUAAAUAUUAAAAUUUAAAUUUUUCGCCACCUAAAUUGCCUAAUUUACCCUGUCUAAAUUGAUACUGUUAAAACUCUAUUCUCAAUAGUAGAUUUUAAUUGCUGCCUUUUCCUUAACAGUUGCUGAAAAUAGCUGUUUUUUUUCCUUUCAGUA